CGUGUCGCGUUAGCAAUUGAGAGAUAAACAUGGAGCGAAAUGUUGGGUCGCUGCAGGAGCAGGCUUUGAAGAGAAAGGAGAGACUGAAAGCUUUAAGAGAUAAACAACUUUAUGGGCAGGAAGACGGGGAGCCAGAGAACAAAAAGGCUUCACUAGAGGAGACGACUGAAGAAAGGCACAGAGAGUUGAAGCUGAGGAAUUACACACCAGAGGAUGAAGAGCUGAAGGAGAGGCAGGUGCCCAAAGCAAAACCUGCAUCAGUGGAGGAUAAAGUAAAAGACCAGUUGGAUGCAGCUAAUCCAGAGCCCAUCAUUGAAGAAGUGGAUUUGGCCAACCUCGCCCCGAGAAAACCAGACUGGGAUCUAAAGCGUGAUGUUGCAAAGAAACUGGAGAAGUUGGAGAGGAGAACACAGAGAGCGAUCGCCGAACUCAUCCGGGACCGUCUGCGAGGCAGUGAAGACGAGUUGGCCGCAGCGGUGGAAGCAGCAGGAUUGGAAGAGGGAGACUCGGACUAAAGAUGACCGAUUUAAAAAAAGAAAAGAAAAGAGACUCCCGAGGGAUUGCCUUGGGUUACUGGGACUGUUCCUUCACAUCUGUGUUGUGCUCACGGAAAUGGCUACUUUCCUCCAUGCAGAGAGUAAAGUCAUGUCAGGUCUUCAUUUCCCCUUGAGUCCUGCCUUGGAUCAUUGCGUUAUUCCAUAUUAAUAUGUAGUCGUACAUUCUGUGUACGUGGUUUAUUGAUGUGCAGUGGUAAUGCAAUGUCCAUAUUUUGUUGUACAUUUUACAUUUUCAAGUAAAAUAACUUUUUCAAAUGG